AUGGCAAGCUAUCGCUUCCUCGUCCAAAAUUUGUCCGGUUUUUUUGUCGGCUGCGAAUUCCUCUACGUUCCGCGCGGGGAAAAUGAAGUUGCCGACACGCUCGUCAAGAUCGCCUCAUCCCUGCAGUCCAUCCCGUCCGGCAUCUCCCUCGAGCAAAUGCACAAGCCGUCCAUCAAGCUGUCCCCGGACUCUGGGUCCAUCUUCGUUCAAGAGAUCCCGGCCGCGCCUCAACCCGGCCCGGGGGCUUACGAACCCGACCCUAGGACUGUCGAACCCAGCCCGGGGACUGCACAACCCGGCACGGGGAUUGCUGAACCCGUCUCGGGGGCUGUAGCCAUCAUCCCGGCCCCCGUCGUCCUCGACCUAGCCGCCGUCAUCCUCAACCCGGCCGCCGCCGUCCCCGACCCGAGGGCUGCUGCCACCGGCUCGGAGGCCGCCGCCCUAGAACUCGCCUUGGUGGCCGUCUUCACCGUAGUGACCGCUCCGUCAUGGGCCCUGCCCAUAUCAGAGUUUCUGGAGAAUGGGGUUCUCCCCAUGGACGAGCCCGUGGCCCGGCAAGUGCAGCGCCGGGCAUCCGCCUACACCAUCAUCAACAACGAGCUCGUCAAGCACAGCUCCACCGGCGUGUUUCAGCGCUGCAUCGAGCAGGACAAGGGCAUUGAGAUCCUCCUCGACAUACACCAAGGCGAGUGCGGGCACCACACCGCCUCAAGGUCCUUGGUGGCCAAGGCUUUUCGCCAUGGUUUCUGCUGGCCCACGACCCUUCAAGACGCUGAGUCGCUUGUCCUCAAGUCUGAGGGAUGCCAGCGCUUCAGCAAGCGCAGCCACCAGCCGACCUCACCACCGUGUACCAUCCCUAUCAACUGGGCUUUUGCGGUCUGGGGACUCGACAUGGUGGGACCCUUCAAGACCGCUCGAGGCGGCAUGUCGCAUUUGCUGGUGGCAGUGGAUAAGUACACCAAGUGGAUGGAAGCAAGGCCGAUCAAGAAGCUGGACGGGCCAACAGCCAUCCGAUUCGUAAAAGAUAUUGCGGUAUGCUACGACAUGCCGAACAGUAUCAUCACGGACAACAGCACCAACUUCGCCAAAGGCACGCUCAUGCAAUACUGCUCUGUCUCCGGCAUCCAUGUCGAGCGGUCCAACGGCCUCAUCCUAUCUGGCAUCACGCCGCGGGUCGUCGAGCCGUUCAUCCGCUCGCCCGGCAGCUGGCUCGACGAGUUGCCAGCCGUCCUCUGGAGCCUCCGCACCACACCAAAACGGCCGACCGGGUUCACCCUAUUCUUCCUCGUCUACGGAGCCGAAGCCAUCAUCCCGACCGACGUCAAGUUUGACUCGCCGCGUGUUGCGAUGUACAUUGAAGCCGAAGCCAAAGAAGCCCGCGAGGACGGCGUCGACCUACUCAAAGAAGCACGCCUCUUGGCACUCAGCUGGCCAGCCAUCUACCAGCAAGGCCUGAGGCACUACCAUAGCAACAAGAUCAAGCCCCUCGCAUUCCGCGAGGGAGACCUCGUCCUCCGACUCAUCCUCCGACUCGUCCAACGGCAAGCCGGCUAG